GGAAACAGCUGCCCCUUCAGGCACUGUGAAGCAGCAAUGGGUAAUGAGACUGUCUGCAAUUUGUGGCAGCAGGGACAUUGCUUCCGAAAUGUCUGCAAGUUUCGCCACAUGGAGAUCACGACUUUUAGUGUGAUGAACACCAACAAAGCACCCCACAGAUCCCAGAUGAAUGAUGAACACCUCAGAUCUGUUCUGAGAAUUGCCACAACAGAAAUUCCACCAGACUUUGAUGCACUGGCUAAAAUGGGUGAUCAACAACACUGUUCUCAUUAAAAGGCCCGUCUGUCAAAUUUGAAAAGUCAAUGUGGCCCCCAAGCCAAAAAGUUUGCCCACUCCUGUCCUAGUGUGUUAUGUACUUGGCCAAUGAGUCUGAUUCUGAUUCUAAGUGAUUAAAAGGUUUGAAUGCGAUGUGCUAUGACCAGCACAACCUCAAUGGUAACUUGAGAUGAAAAUGACAUUCAGCGUGACUGAGACUGAAUGUGAGAAAUAUGAGACUUUUGAGGCCGUUCAACCCCAAUACUUUAGUGGGGCUUCACAGGAGGAUGGUGAGUAAAAAUUACUUUUCAGUUAUGUUUGAGCCAUUUUACUGCUAUUCCAGUUACUGUUUGGAAACAAGGUAUGUAAAUGAACAUUUAGAAAGCCUUUCUGUGUCAAUAUCCAAUUUUUACAACGUACCAGUGCAUGGAGUAUACAGUUUAUGUGCAGCGUAUACUCCGGCAUGGUUCGUGUAAAAAAACGCUACGCAGCAUGGGCACAGCCUUUUAACCCGUGUGUGCUGUUAUCUGGAAUAUGGUAACGAUCACUGCAGUCCUCCACCAGUUGGGGCUUCGUGGCAGAGUGGCUUAAUGGAAGUCUCUCCUCAGUGGAAGACACACAAAAGCCCUCGUGGAGUUUUUUUUAAAAUACACCAGAAGGACUCCUAGAUGGUAAUAAAUAAGAUUCUCUGGUCUGACAAGACCAAGAUAGAAUUUUUGGGCCUUAAUUCUAAGCGGUAUAUGCAAAGAAAAUCAGGCACUGCUCCAUCACCUGUCCAAUACAGUCCUCACAGUGAAGAAUGGUGGUGGCAGAAUCAUGCUGUGGGGGUGGUUUUGAGCUGCAGGGACAGGACAAGUGAUUUUAAUCGAAGGGUAGAUGAAUGUAGCCAAGUACAGGGAUAUUCUGAACAGAAACCUUCUCCAGAGUGCUCAGGGCCGAAGCACACAUUGGCUCCAGAACAGCUCCGUGACUUUUCUUGAAUGCCACAGCACUGACUUCAACCCAAAUGAGCAUCUUUGGAGGGACCUGAAAAUGGCAGCCCACCAAUGUUCACCAUCCAACCUGACAGAUCUGGUGACAAAUAGGAAUGGCAGAGUACUUCCAAAUCCAAGUGUAAAAAAAAAAAAAAAAAAAAAAAUACAUCAUUUACAAAGAGACUUGUGGCUGUAUAGAUACUUUUAAUGUGACAUCAUGAGUCACAUGAAUUUUGUUCACCACGCCCUCUGGACGGAAAAAGUACAAUACAACUCGCGUGUUUUAGUGACCUUUUUGUGAAUAUUGUCUUGCAUAUAAGCGUCUUAUGGCCUUUUCAUCAUGGUAUUUCAUUGUGUGGCUUAUGGUUGUAAGAACAGACAGAAAAAGGGGUCUUACACUUCAGGCACUGUGUACAUUUUGCUGGACAUUCAGCUAAUUUACUGUGGUAUCCUCCAAACUUGUUACAUAUCUUUAUGGAGGUCUUUGGGGUGUCAAUAUGCCUCCUCGCACCCGCAGUGAAACUUUGCUUUCCAGGUUCGCGGUGGAUAACGUGAACCUCGUGGCUGUCGAUAGCCAUAGCAUUUAGCUGCUCUUUUGCUAACACUUGGGAGCAGGCUAUGCCGAUGACUUUUUUCGAGUGUGCCUUCCGGCCACUGGCUGUGUAACUUUUCCCAAACACUCGGUGAGUUGGUAGCAAAAAGUAUACGGUCUCUGACCAUCUCAUCACUGUUUGUUUGGUUAUAGUCUUUAAGCAACAGUUCGAGUUCUGUCACAAAGUGCUCAAAUAACUCACAGUUACCCUGCGCUUUCUCGUGAAACUUAUAUCUAGCAAAUAUGGGGUUUGCUUUCGGAAUAAGGUAAUCAGAUAACUUUUUGUAAUAAGUUUUUAGCAACAGCUUCGUCCAUGUAUUGCUGAAAUCCCGUCCUUCGCCGAUCCACGGCAGGAGGAAACUGUACUUUUCCUCUUCACCUCUGUUUUUAAGUGGUCCCGUGAACGUGAGUUCGGCGUGUUGCUUGAAUCUCCGCCAUGCGUCUGGUAGAUUGGAUGAGUUGAAGCACUGAACGACUCGGCUUCUUUGUUUUUUUUCCCCCAGUGAGCUCCUUUUUUUAUUUCUUUCCCGUGAGUCCGUAAUUAUACUUCCGUCACUCUGACACCAUCUGAGUCCAACUGUACUUUUUAACGUGGGUGAUAGGGUGAUAUUUAUGUCGCCCCUCCCUACCUCUCCUGCUGACGUCGACACAAUACUCUCGAGUAUCACGUGGCUUCUUCUUUCUUUCUUCUUUCUUUAUUCCUCACGCCAGUGCCUCAAUCAUUUCUGGUUACAGUGUUUGUUUGUCAAAGGACUUUCAAGAUAAAAGAUAACCAUAUCCAAAACAUUACAGUAUACAUUUAUUGCUUCCUAGCCAUGAUAUGUAGACACCGUCUUGCCAUCCAAAACAAACACGUGGUCGGCGUGACGUUAGUGAAAAGAAUCUAUGCGGUCAGAUGUGUGGUGCUACUUAACACUAGGCAAAGGGUCUUAAUACUGAUGAUUGUGAUAUUUCAGUUUUCCUUUUUAAUCUAAAAUCUCAAUUUUGUAUUUUAUCUGUCAAUGUAUGGUGCUGUAUGUUCAUUGAGUUUUAAAAAAAAAAAAGUUUUUUGCAAAUGACAGAAAUAUAACAAGUGAAAAUCUGAGGGCAUCUGAAUACUUUCCUACCCACUGUAAAUACAACGAAAUAAAAGCUGGAAUUCUGAACUUUAAUUUCAUAUUCAUCUUUUGAUCUGAAACCCAAAUGUCUACAGUGAACAAUAAAAGCUAAGGAAUUGACCUUGGCCUUUUGGAGGGGACUGUAAAUCCAUACAAUGGUUGUUGUUAUUUAACAUAUUUAGUCAGUUUAAAAAAAAUCUCAUACAAUUCCCAUUUUACCGACUGAUACAGUUCAAUUUGAGCUAGGGACCUUAAUAGAUAUUAUUAUAAUGAUGGAGUAAGAAUAUGAUCAGACCAUUCUUCAUGCUCUUUAGAAAAGCAAACAUUCUUCAUGUUGUUACAUUUUGUUACUCUUUUACCAAUACAGAAAAAUAGGAAGGAAAUAGCAUGUUAUUGGGAGACCCAUCCAGCUGGCUGCCAGAAACCACACUGCGCCUUUUUCCAUGAAAAGGCACGUUAUGUUGAUGGCAUUCUUAUCCCACCUGACAAAAGUCAAAGUCAGAAUGAUGAACUGCUCCAUGAUGAGCUUUCCUCCCAACCAGCUACUCCUCUCCCUACUGUAGCCAAUCCCCAGUUGAGAGGUGUCAUGAAGAAUGAAAACCAGGAACCAGUCCCAAGUCCUACUCAUCCACCAGUGGUUAUUAAUCCAGUAGAUGAUGAUGAGGAUGAAGAUGACCAAUUCUCAGAGGAAGGAGAGGGCCCUUCCCCAAGAAAAAGAUGCCAGCCUGAAGAAUCACACAUUGAAGUGAGGACCCUGGAGGAUAUCCGGCUGAGGAAAUCCCUAAAAGUGGGCAUGAAUGCUGAGAGUGCUGAUGUUUCUUUAAAUAGGGAGAAAGAAAAUAAUAUUUCAGCCAUCUGGCUACCCUUUAAUUCAUCAAAAGAAGAAAAGGUUGUCUUUGAAGAAACUUUGAGAUCACAAAGCACUGUUGCGAACAGGCUUGGUAGACAGAGGGACCCCACUUGUCUAAUAUAUGAGGAGGGUCCUAUGAAAAACAGUCUGGCAAAGCGUUUGGGUAGAUAUGUGAAAGAAGAAAAAGUGCAAACACCCUAUCAGAAAGCUAUGAAGUCGAUUAAGGAAAGACUAACACUGCCUGCUGCUCCUGUUGCAGUCAGUCAACCAGCAGAAACCAGCACAGAAACAAAUGGGACACCUAACCAGAUUCGCAUCAAAACUCUAGAGGAAAUAAGAAUGGAAAAGGAAGUAAAGUCUCAUAGCCAAAAAGACUGUCGUCCUCCAAUCGAUAUUGAAAUUGCUGGAACCAAGACAGCUCGCAUCCAGACACCCAAGGCUGUAAAACGAAUAAUUUGUAUCAAAGAACAUUCUAUUGAACAACACAAACCUCACACUGAAAUCCUCCACACAAGAAAUAAAAUAAAAGAGUAUCGGCAGGAACAGAACCUCGAUCUUAAGAAAUUGAAAACAAUAGCUGACAAAGUCCCUGGCAAAUAUCAGCAUGAACCAUCAGUGCAAGUCCCUGAUUGCCCAAAAACAGCAGAGGUUAGAGUGAAAACCUUAGAGGAGAUCCGCAAAGAGAAGGCAGCGAGAAUUCAAUAUGAUGAAGUCAAGAGUGCCAACACAGAGGAGAAUGGUGCCAAGAAACCACGAUGGCAGCAAAAUGUUAAAAGGACCCCUCAGGGUGACAUCGCAGCAGAGAAGAAUGUUGAGGACACUAAAAAGACAAGAAAAGUUCCUGUAUCUCUUGAGUCUUCCACCAAGAUUGUCAAGGUCAAAACAUUUGAAGAGAUUAUGCGUGAAAAACAUCUCCGCAAGCAGGAAAUGGCUGAGCAACUUUCAGUCAGCCAGCAGGUUUCUUAUGCAGAGCCUUCACUAAAACCAUCAGUGGGUAGUAUGCUAGAGAGAGAGAGUCUUCCACAUCGAGGGUCUUCAUUUCCCACCCAGAGCAUUCCGAGUGGUAGCAAUGUCACACCCACCCCAAAUGCCUCUGUUCGCAAGCUGAAAACUCUCAAAUCUGAGACGGAUUUUUCUCUAAACAACCCAACAGCUGUCGUCACAACCGGGACCAUGGUUUAUAUGAGCAACUAUACCACUCCUCAGCAAGACACUCUCUUUCUGAGUCCAGGAAGCUCCAGUAAAAUUUCGUACAAAAACACAAGGAGCUUAAUUUCACCUUUGUCAGUGAACCAGACAACUCCAGAGAACCUUCACUUUCCACCAGCAGAGACUCCAGCUUCUGAUGAAACUCACACCACCGAGAGAAAAGUGCGGCCCAAAUUGAAUGUGAAGCCGUCUGUUAUGAAACCUUUGCACGUGAAUACAGGCCAGAAAAGAAAGAGAGCAGCGCGGUCUGCCAUAGCUGCUGUUAAACCUUUGAACAGUGCAUCUAGAAUUUUAGAGGAAUCACAUGAGGAGACUGUAAGGACGGAUUUAUCGGUUUUAGCGGCCUCCGGAAAAGUGAGAGUUUUCUGUUGUCCCACCACAAUGUUGGAAACCAAACGCUGCUCAAGUGAGGAGCCACAGACCAUCCAUGUUUCAAACCACAGCCCAUCCCAGGAAACCAAGUUGCUUGUCAGUCUUGCUACUACCACUGACGCCUAUUCUGCCCCUCAAAGCUCUGUCCUGAAGACUACUCCUCAAAGUAAAUCACGGAGACAGAGUAUAGUUGGGUCACGCAACUUAACUUCGGCUGCAGAUGACUUUGAGGAGCUGAUCAGCGAAUUCACAGAUGAUCAUCUAGAUGGAGAUGUCGACCCUGGCAUUGGGGAGGACGAUCUACUGCAGGAACUGUCGGACAUGAUUGACAGCUGAGGCAGUUUUUCCACGAAACAAAAUACCCUGGCCCAAUUCAACAACACCAAUGUUAAUGCUGACUAAUGUAUUUAUACAUAAACCCCUUUGUCCCCCAUUUACUUAGGAUUUAUGUUUUUUUUGUCUUUUCUGUAAUCUUUUCGGAAAGCAGCAUUCAGUGUACUUGGAAAGUUUUAAGUGUUGAAAAAGACAAACACGAUCAGAGAGAAUUUGUGUACACAGUAUGCACAAGGAAAAUUGAAGUAUAUAUAUUUUAGCAAAACAUUGUGCUGCUCUUUCUGCUUUGUUUCUUGCAAGCAUUGCCACUUUCAUUUUGACUUAUUUUAAAAGCAGCGAAUGUCAAUGCUGGAACUUUCACGGCACUCAUCUUUCUUUGUACCCCCACAACCUCCACAUUUAUGAGUAGAUUUAUUCAGUGGGCCCAAGUUAAAAAUGGUUUUGACCACUCAGGGAACAAUUUUUGUUUGUAUGCAUCUCUGAGAAAUAUUUCAGCAAUGCAGUCUUUUUAUUUUUUAUCAUUUGUUGCAUUGCUUUGACAAGUCUGAGAAAAGAUCUGUUUCACUUUUCCUCAAGUUCACUGUUGAAAUGACCUGUAAAUAAAAAUGUUUUUAUUUA